CUUGAAGUUUCCAACAUGCAGCUAUCAGUUCACUGGGUUGUGUGUGCAGCACUUUUGUGUGUCCUAAUGGGUGGAGAAGUGUGGUGUGAUUGUACCGAGGACAAUAUGCAAAUAGAGGGAGGUCAUUACACACUGACCAAGGGGCUAAAUGCAAGCAGCAUGCUGGUCUACCACUGUCCUGAGGGUUUCUAUCCUUAUCCCUCCAAAAUGCGUGUUUGCCAGCUCAGUGGCAGAUGGAGCAAAGAGCCCAUAAGCUCUCAACUUCAAACAUGCAGGAUGGUUGAGUGCCCGAAUCCCUUUGUGCUGAUGCACGGCAGCGUCACACCUCCUCAGGAGAAAUACUUUGUAGACAACGAGACCGAGUAUGAGUGCUACUCCGGCUACAUGAUGCGAGGCUCAGCCAGGCGGGUCUGCUUACCAAACGGCAAGUGGAGUGGCUCCACUCCCAUCUGCAGCCGUGACUCAGGAGCCGAUUGUGCUGAUCCCGGAAUCCCAGCCGGUGCCAUAAGAAGCGGGAAUUCAUUCGGACUAGACGACAAAGUGAAAUACAGCUGCACUGGCAAUCUGUUUCUGGUUGGCUCCAUUGAGCGAGUGUGCCUGGAGAACGGGCAGUGGACUGGCACGGAACCAGCUUGCUACUACGGAUACACAUAUGAUACCCCACUGGAAGUUUCAGAAGCCUUUGGCAGCGCAAUCAAAGGCAGCCUUACCACUUUGGAACCCACAGACGACACACAGGAGGGCAGAAAAAUCCGGAUUUCGAAAUCGGGAACGCUCAACAUCUACAUUGGUGUGGAUAUUUCUGAGAGUAUUGAAGAAAGAUACUUCAAUGACGCCAGAGAUACUGUAACUAAACUUAUCAGCAAGAUUUCAUCUUUUCCCAUCUCUCCAAACUAUGAGGUUGUAUUUUUCUCCUCGGCUGUAUAUGAAGUUGUCAACAUUCUGGAUUUUGUGGAUGGCAAGGUCCAACUGAACAUUUUGAAAAGGGAAUUAGAAAACUUUAAAAUAGAAAACAGAAACACAGCCGGAACUGAUCUGAACCUGGUCUUCAUGACCUUCUUGGAGCGCAUGGCGCUUAUAAAACAGCGAAAAGGGGAUGAGGCCUUUAAGGAGCACCGUCACGUCAUCAUUCUUUUUACAGACGGUGCUUACAACAUGGGUGGUUCACCUGAGUCUACAGUGGAAAAAAUAAAGAACAUGGUAUACAUGGACCCAAAUUAUAGGCAGAAAGAGCCAGCGAGAGCAGAAUAUUUGGACAUUUACAUUUUCGCCAUCGGGGCGGAGCUCUUCGACGACGACUUGAAGCCUCUCGUCGUGGGGACGGGCGGCAACCAUUACUUCAGGAUGAAGGACAUCAAAAAAUUACAAAAGACAUUUGAUGAAAUCAUUGAUGAGGAUGAAGUCAAAGGCUUAUGUGGGCUUCACAAGGAUUAUGACACCACCGAGAAAAGAGAAAACUAUCCAUGGGCGGCGCUAAUUGUUGUCCAGAACGAGGGUAGAGUCAUGAAGUGUAUGGGCUCUCUGGUGACUCCCAUGUUUGUCUUGACUGCCGCUCACUGCUUCACGUUUGAAGAUCUGCCCAAACACGUCACGAUCGACAUCGACGACGGACAAGGCAGAAUUAAGAAUUUCUUUUUACACUCAAAGUACAACAUUAGCGCUAAAGUGAACGAGGGUGUGAAGGAGUUCUACGACUAUGACGUGGCUCUCAUCCAACUUACCGAAUUUGUGAAAAUCUCCACUCUGGUCAGACCCAUUUGUUUACCCUGCACCCAGGAGACCAGUGAUGCUCUAAAACUGGUUGGUGAAUCCACCUGCGCAGAACAAGAGCAGCUCCUGUUAAAGAAUAUGGAAAAACUUACUUUCCUGACACGCAGCAGAGCAAAAUGGGUGGAUGAAAAACACGUCCAUGCUAAACUUGGCGAUAAGAGGGAUGAAUGUAUCAAACAUGCAUUGGACGCAGCAGGCAUCACAACAACCAAACCAGAGGUUCCUGUGACCGAAAACUUCCUGUGCACUGGUGGUCGGACUCCCUUCAGAGAUCACAUAGCGUGUACAGGUGAUUCUGGAGGAGCUGUGUUCAAAAACUAUGAGCAUCGCACAGUGCAGAUUGGUAUUGUCAGCUGGGGAAGCCAAAAUCUGUGCAAGGGUGGCGGUGUAGUCGACUCACAGGAGAACUCCCGAGAUUUCCACAUCAAUGUCUACAGGGUUGUACCUUUCCUCAAAUCUAUCCUUGGAAACGACGACCAGGAUGAUUAUGCACCAUUGGAGUUCUUGAAGAGCUAAAUGCUUAAUCUAUCGAGAGUCAUAUCAACAAUGCUGUUAUUUGACCAUGUAUGAAGUGAACGAUGUUGUUUAAAUAUGAUAUAAAAAGCAUCAUGAGAUCCUUAAUUAAUCAACCUC